AUGCAGACGAAAGCAGUGCGCCAAACCAGAAUUGACCACAAUCUCCAUAUCCACUACAACAACUCAAUACCAAUCAACCACGUCUCCAAACGGAACCCCACACCUGAACACUACAACAAUUGCAGUGUCUUCUACACCUCAAUACCAAACAACCACGUCUCCGCAGCGAACACAACAAAUAAACAGUACACCAGGUACAACGUCUUCUACUACUGUCACUACGGUACAGAUCUCCACUACAACAUCUGA